GGGAAGGAGAACAAGACCAAAUAUUAAUAAAAGGGAAAAAAGCUUUUUCUGCCAUCUUUCCGUGCCGCAGUAACAGUGUGAACAAAUGUCCCACAGAUGCCCUCAAGAACAUUAACACUGCUGAAAGGGGAGGCGAAGGCCAGGUUCUUAGGAGGGCCUGCACCAAAAGUCAUCGUCCCUUUUCCUCACUGUGAUGACGAAGCAUGAGUACAUUGGCAAAUUUGAAAUUAUUGAUGACCACAGAGCUGGGAAAACUGCUGUGAACCUCACGGGCAAGUUAAACAAGUGUGGCAUGACCAGCCCUAGACUUGUAUAACUGAAAGAUCUAGAAAAGUGGCAGAAAUUUCCAUCCCCUCAGUUUGGUUUCACUGCAUGGAAAAAUUCUUCUGGCAUCAUGCACCAUGAAGAAGGAAGAAUCCAGGCAGGAGGGAAAAUCCUGGGAUUCCUUUUUCCUAGAAAUAUUAUAUACAUGACACGUGAAAUGCCUCAAUGGGAAAAAAAAAAAAGGAAAAUAAAUUACAGUCAACUAAUGUUUGACAAGGGUGCCAAACAAUUCAAUGGGGGUAAGAACAGUAUUUUACUCCCAAGCAUCCACAUGCAAAUAAUGAAACAGGAGUCCUGCCUCACACCAUACAGAGAAAAUAACCCAAAAUGCAUCAAAGACAUAAAUGUAAGCAUUAAAAUGAUAAAGUUCGGGAUGCCUGGGUAGCUCAGUUGGUUGGACGGCUGCCUUCUGCUCAGGUCAUGAUCC